CAAAUGUUACUCAUAAUUUUAACUUUCUCAAUACAUAGUUUUGUUAACCCAAAAAAUGAAGCUUAAGACUUGUAUUCUCCCUUUGCUUUUACUUCUUCUCAUAUCCUAUUAUGUAAGUGCUGCUAAAACAUCCCAAGAUGACAAAAAGGCUAAUGAAAUAGAAGAAACAAAGAGGGAGGAGGAGCCAUGGGAAACGGAGCAGGUCCGACGCGGUUGUCGAUUUGGCUGCUGCGGUGGUUAUACCCGCUUUGGUUGCCGGGCAUGUUGCAGACCAAAAGAAAGUGCUGUAGUUGCUGAAAAACAUGAACAUGAUGGUGAUGGUUAUGGCUACGGCUAUGGUGGACAAGGUGGUUAUGGCUAUGGCUGGGGAGGCUGUGGCGGCGGCGGUGGCUGGGGAGGCCGUGGCGGCGGUGGUGGCUGGGGAGGCUGCCGAUAUGGUUGUUGUGGUCAUAUUAGAUAUGGUGAAUGUAGGAGGUGUUGUUACUCAGCUGCAGAAGCAAAAGCCUAUGUUGAAAAUGAAGCUCAGCCUUAAAAGGUUUUCAAGACUAUGUUGGAAUGAAAGAAGAAGCAUCCACAUGUAGUUAAUGUAAACUAAAAUAAUUAUGAGAGUUUAUGUAUGAAUAAUAUGGAUGCUUAUAUAUAUAUAUAUAUAUAUAUAUAUAUAUAUAUAUAUGGGUUUUUUCUUCCUUCCUGUAUUUUAUUUCACUACUUUUGCCUUUAGGGUUAGAUCUCUAAUGGCUUUGAGAACCCAAGUUUACAUGUGAUGUUGUAAAUUUGAUGUUUUCUACUGUACUGAAUAAUGUGAAUUU